AUGGCACCUCCAUCUCAAGUUCUUACAUUUCGUGGCCACCGCAAGUCGGUGAACACGCUACUCUGCGAAGAGGCUACGCACCCGAACGUGCUGGCCUCAGGCAGUGACGACGGCACAUGUCGGAUAUGGGACAUACGGACCACGCGAGUGACUAAGUGUCUAAACGUCAAGAAGGUAUUGUGCACUGAUAGAGAGGAUGAGACUGCCGUCAACUCGCUUGCCUUUGGAAAGUCAACGGCAGGGGCGGAGAGUGCUUACAUCUACGUGGCAGCAGGUAGGAAAGUGCUGACGUUUGACAUGCGGUGGUCAGCACUCAUUGUUGACUGUGUAAGUCGAGAGGUCUUUCCAGACAGCGAAGAUGAAAUUAACGUUCUCUCGCGACAUCCCGGCAAGCACGGCAGAUAUUUGUCGGUUCCAGACGAUACCGGUAGUAUCCGUGUGUACGAUCUGGAAAGCCACUGCUUGUUUAAGACUCUGCGCGGCCAGCAUACCAAUAUCUGCAGCGCUGCACAAUUUCGCCCGAACGCAGCAUGGGAUCUAGUGUCCGGCGGUAUGGAUGGCUUGCUGCUAUUUUGGGAUUUUUGUCGGGGUCGAGUAAAGUCUCGCAUCGAUCUCAACAUGUUGGAGGAAUCGGGUACCUGUGCUACAGCUAGCGAUGAGGGCGAAGGAUGCAGCACACAGCAGAUGUUUAAUCCGCCCUUAGUGCAUUCGAUCGUUUGCGCGCCGAACGGAAAGUCGUGCGCGGUUGGUCUGGGAGAUGCCAGUGUAGCAGUUGUCGAUUUUGGUUCGAAGCAGAUUGUGCGUCGCUUAAAACACCACAAGGCCAUGGUUUCUCAGGUUCACUUUCCAGCCUUUUGCCCGCAAGACCGGCUACUUUCUGCCGCCAACGAUGCGAAGGUGUGUUUGUGGAACUAUCGCGCAGCCCUCUCGCUUGACGCGCCCGUUGGUUGCGGCGUAAGUGAAAUGUCCAGUACUUUGGUGGUAUAG